CCAACUUGAAUUUAUUUAUUUGUUUCUUAAAAAAUACAACACCAUCUUCGAUCCACUGUACUGUUCUGUUCUGUGUCUUUGUCUUCAAAAGCAGAGGAAAUUUAGUUUUAAAAAAAAUAUUACAGACAUUCUUAAAACCUUUAACACACAGACACACACUACUAAAUCCUAACCCUCCUUCCUCACUCUUCUUAUACUCUUGCUUGUUUCUUCACUCUCUCUCUCUCUCUUGCUUGGUACUGAAGAUUGAUACAGAGGAAUGAGGGGUCCUUUGGGGCCAGUGAUUGGGAGGUACCCUUCAAGUGAUGGGAAUGCUCAGACGGAUGGGAUCAUAAGCCACAACAGGAAAUGCAGAGAUGUUGGGGUUCUCAUUGUCUUUAUCGCUUUCUGGGUUGCUAUGAUUGUUAACUCCAGCUUUGGAUUCAACAGAGGAAACCCCUUGAGGCUAACUUAUGGCCUGGACUACAAAGGAAAUAUAUGUGGGGACAGGCAUGCAAAUCCCAACCUUCGCCAACUGGAACUCAAAUAUUGGGUAAAUCCUAAUCAAGUUUAUCAAAGUGGUUUGAAGAACAGCCAAUUCGAGCUGGCUAAUGCUAGGAGUAUCUGCUUGAUGGACUGCCCUACUCCGUCAGAAGAUCAAGUAACUUGGGUCUGUGAUUAUCCAGAGGGAGAGUUCCGUCUUUCUAUGGAUGAAUGGAUUGAUAGAAAUUAUGACUAUUUUGAGUUUCUUAUUCCAGAGAUGCAGAACACUUCUCUUAAACUUCAAGGUCCCUGUUACCCUGUCAUAUUUCCAAGUGUAAAUGUUUUAUGGAGCUGCCAAUUUAUUGCUCGUGCAUCGAACAUGAGUUUGCGCCAUUGGCAGCAGAUGGGCGGAGUGAACAUCGAUCAAGACAUUAUGAUAGAUAAAGCCAUUCACAAGUCAAUCAAUUCUCGGUCAUCUGUCAUAAAGAGAUAUGUGGCUGACAUUGGAAAGGCAUGGCCAGUAUUGAUUGUUUGUGGAGGCAUUUUGCCACUCUUUCUAUCAGUGAUUUGGUUAUUGAUGAUUCGGCAUUUUGUUGCUGGGAUGCCAUGGAUAACGGUUUUUCUUUUUAAUGUACUGAUAAUAUCAGUCACAAUGUUCUACUACUUGAAAGGACUGGGCGUCGACUCAUGGUUGCUCGGAGAUAUUACCGGUUCCAACUCUUUUGGUGCCUCAGCUGGAUGGAUUGGGAAUGAUGCUGUGUCCCCCAUCAUCGGUGAACAUGAUCCAUACUAUCAAGUGUCUGGAAGGGGAAUACAUCAUCUUCGGGCAGCUGCAGUUCUAAUGACUAUUAUAAUGAUAAUUUCAGUCUUAUCGUCCAUUGCAAUUGUCCGUCGCAUCCUUAUGGCAACCUCUGUUCUCAAGGUUGCAGCGAAGGUCAUAGGAGAAGUUCAGGCCCUUAUAAUUUUUCCAGUCAUACCAUAUACUAUCCUUGCAAUUUUUUACAUGUUCUGGUUUUCAGCAGCUUUCUAUCUAUUCAGUUCUGGUCAGAUUCUCCAGAAUGAAUGUAGCUCCAACUGCUGUGCAUAUGAUCUUGUGUCAAAACGGGUUAGCUGUGAUCGCUGCUGUGGUUAUAGCAUCCAUUACACUCCCCAUAUUGGAGCUGCCAUUCUUUUUCACCUAUUUGGAUGUUACUGGGCUACCCAGUUUAUUAUAGCAUGCUCUUCAACUGUGAUUGCUGGGUCUGUUGCUUCCUAUUAUUGGGCUCGUGGUGAAACAUCUCCGGUGAUUCCAUUUCUGCCUGUUUUUUCCUCAAUGAAGCGGCUUAUGCGUUACAGCCUUGGGUCCGUGGCUCUUGGUUCUUUGAUUGUAUCAUUUGUUGAGUUGAUACGCUCUAUACUCGAGUCAAUUCGCCGCAAAUUGAAAGUAGCUAAUAACAGGCCAGAAAGCUGGAUUGGGAAGUUGGCAUUUUAUUCUUCUCGGUUUUUCCUGAGGUGUAUUGAGUGGACAAUCAAAUCAGUGGAUCGCAAUGCCUACAUAAUGAUUGCUAUUACUGGUAAAAGCUUCUGUAAAGCUUCUGCAAUUGCAACAGAAUUAAUCAUCAGUAACAUUCUUCGCAUAGGAAAGGUGAAUGUGAUUGGAGAUGUUAUUUUGUUCAUUGGGAAAUUGUGUGUCAGCCUUUCAAGUGCUGUUUUUGCUUUCCUCAUGUUGGAUACUCACAAGUACAGAUCGGCCCAUGACAAGAUUACCUCCCCGCUGUUUCCUGUGCUGGUAUGCUGGCUUCUUGGCUAUGUUGUGGCCACUCUUUUCUUUGCCGUGGUCGAGAUGUCAAUAGAAACCAUCAUUCUCUCAUUCUGCCAGGAUUCCGAAGAGCACCAAGGGACCGCUCAAUAUGCUCCACCCCUUCUCAUUCAGACCCUCAAUGACCAAAAUGAGAUGCAGAGACUUACUCAAGCACCCUAUUGAAAAAUCACAAUGCUGCUUUUUCUUUGUUCUUUUUUCCUUUUUUAACCACAUUUGCUUGAUGGAAUCAGGAAGCUUACUAUAGCAUUUAACUGCCAGCUCUUUUCCUUCCCCAUCUUCAUUUUUCCAUUUCUUGUGUUUACCCUUGUAACAUUUUUUUCUCCUCAUUGUAUAUAUUUUAAUGCCGGGUAAAAUUAUCUUCACCGGCAUAUUCUCCACCAAAAGAAUAUGUUAUAAGUAUGCUAUUUUGAUGAUCCAAGAGAAAAGAAGACUUCGAGUUUGCCUCUCUAAAAA